AUGUCUCUACCCUUACGCAUCAUCUGGCAAGCAAAGAUCAACAUGCAGCAGAAAAUCGGUCUGGCCAUACUGUUCUGUCUCGGAUUCGUGGUAGUCGCAGCGGCGAUCGUCCGCGCAAUUGAGAUCACCGGAAAAGCAUAUUCAGACCAAGCUGCCCUCGCAGUAUGGAGCGUCGUUGAAUCAUCAAUCUCGAUUAUCGUCGGAUGUCUGCCUCCAUUCCGAGCCAUCAUAUCCAAGUCAAAUGCAAUCCAAUCACCCUAUGGCUCCUCGGGUGCCAAGCCCAGUUCCAAUGAUCGUAAUGCGUCGACCGGGAGCAGCAGCAAAAUUUAG